AUGCUGUGGGACGUCGGCGGUCAAACGUCACUCCGCACCUCCUGGUCCUCCUACCUCUCCUCCACCGAUGCCGUCAUCUUUGUUUUGGAUAGCAACGACCGCGAACGCGUCCACCUCGCACGCGAAGAACUCCACCGCAUCGCGCAGGACGAACAGGUCACCAAAGCUCCCAUACUGCUGUGGGCGAACAAGCAGGAUAUUAAAGGAGCUAUGACGCCGGCGGAGAUCUCGGAGAGUCUGGCCUUGACGGUGUUCAGGGAGAGGACGUGGCAGAUCUUUGGGUGCUCGGCGUUGACGGGCAAAGGGUUGACCGAGGGGUUGGAUUGGUUGGCGAGUACUUUGGGCGCCAAAGGUUAG